GUAGUUUGACUGCCCAGAAAGUUUCGAACGACUUUGCUUCAGUUCAAUGUGGAAUCUCUUUCGACUGACAAAAAUCUAAAUGCGAAAAUGCACACACCUUUACUCACGGAGCUGCCAACUGUGAAGACACUACGGCAAAAUGGUCGCUCGCAUCGCCGAAACUUCCAAGAACAGUGGAACUUUGUGCUGACAUCCAUUUUCUCUCACAGCUUUCUCUACUUUACGACCCUUCACCCACCUGCAUCCAUUCAUUAUAACAUCCAACUACAUUCGCAGUUUGAUUUUAAAAAUCAUAGACAUUUGGAUGGUGGCAGCGGCACUUGCCGUAAAUUUUAAACGGCUUCGGUUCAGUUGAUCCAAGGUUGAUCGAGAAAUCCUUGAGAGAAAUCAAAUAGAUGUUGACCCACAAGUGCACCUCGACUCGCGUAUAAGCCAAGCAAAUGGAAAGGGCUUUAGGAUAUCGGAGACGAGAAAUAGAGUGCGAGCUACUGCAGCUCGAGGCCGACGUUUGGAAGGAUCUGAACAUGGAGCAACAGAUCCUUGUGGAGGCAGAGGAACACAAACUGGAGCAGCUCACUGAGGCCGUCAUAAAGGCGCGUUCGGCGUUCCAUCAGAAAGUGUUCGAAUCUGUUAACCGAGUGGAGUCGCCGCGACCCUCACUCCGGACUGAGACAAAGAGCACGGCGGGCAAGUCUCAGCAGACUGAACGAAUGACUAUCGAAGGCGAGAUAAUAAGCGGAGAGGAAUUGGAUGCGCUGAGGAAGGAAGUGACUCUUCUUGAGGAAGCAGCCCGUUUGCUGGACCAACACAAACGCCUGGCAGACGAACCCCUUGAGGGAGAUGCUUUCAAACGGCUGCAAGCAGCUCUUAGCGUCGAGGAAGACCGCAGUGUGGAGCUGCAGAGGCAGAUAAGUGAGCUAGAGGAUGCGGUGCAGGAAGCGCAGAGGGAGCGGGACCAAAGAUCACGAGUGGAAGGCGACAUGCCUUUGCCAUUCAGCUGGAUUGAAGACCCGUGGGACCAAGAGCCCGAGGAGGCUGCCAGUGCUGUGGCCAGGAAGGAGGUACAGCAGCCGAAUGACGACCCGGACAGAUCGCACUCUGCGACGCACUCACAGAAGGGCGGGACACGCCUCGUGCCGCUCAGCGGCACCCUACACGCUCCUGUGGGUGCUCAAGGUCCCCGUCGAGAUUGCAAGGUACCUCCUAGAGCACCUGCCCAAGCAGCGCCCCAGGCCCGGUCGCAGGGCGCCAUUGCGUCAGGGUUGGGAGCGCGUUCCACCGAGGCCGGGGAAGAAGAGACCAGGGCGAACCAAGGUCCAGACGCACAUUCAACUCCUGCGCAGGUGCGAUUCGUACCAAAGAAGGCUUUUUUGUUCAAAAAGCAGUAAUGCUCGA